GAGCGAUUAGUCUCCGCCAUGAGCGACUGUGCGCGCAUCGAGGAACGUGACAACUUUAACCGCGCCGUCCUCCGACUCGCCUUAAAACGCAUCGACGCGCCCGCCAUACACCGCACCAAGUUCUCGUUCGGGGAGAAGUGUGCCGAGCUCGCUGUACACGACGCGGCGAGCGGCCUCAAGUCAUGCGCCAAUCAUGAGGUCAACGGGACAGACGCGGAGUCUGACGCACGCGAUGGCGGCAGUUUACACGAUCGAAAUAACAGGACGUACCUAAAGCCUAGCGAGGAAACUAGUUCACGCGACACGGUUGACAGGACAAAAUUCAAAUCAACUACAAGCGACGGAAUCAGUCUCCACGACACGGUUGACAGGACAAAAUUCAAAUCAACUACAAGCGACGGAAUCAGUUUCCACGACGUAGUUGACAGGACGAAGUUCGUGUCAACUGUGUGCGACGGGACACGCGACGCAGCCGACGGAAGGGCACGUAUCACGUGCGGGGUGCGUACGUUACACGACACGGUUGACACGAUACACUCUGUGACACGUGCGUGCGACGGAACUAGUUCACACGAUUCGACUGACAUGUUAGGCGUGGAGCCUGGUGCUCUCGACGAGGCCAGUCUUAGGCUUGACACGACCGACCCAUGCGACGAGGUCCUCAACAGGAACUCGGGGUCCGAUGCAUGGUACGAGUCCAGGUAUGAGUUAUCUUUGGAGUGCAGUGGACACGAUACAGUUGACAGGACGGAUUCGGAGUCCUGCGAAUGGAACGAGACAAGUUCACGUGGGAUAGAAGGAGCGAACUCGGAUAUUGAUGUGCGGGAAGAGUCUCGUUUAGAAGGUAGGUUGGGAUGUGAGUCGGACGUAGAUCACAGUUUACACGACAGCGUUGACACAAGCUCGAAAUCCGACGUGCCUAGUUUACACGAAGCGGUUUACCGGACAAAUUUCGAGUCUCGACCGCCUGAUUUAGUUUGGUGUUCCUCGGCCACAAGUGCGUGGGUGAACUCGAACGCCGAGCAGAGUUCACAAAUAGUUGACAGUGUUGAUCCGGAUUCCAGUGCGUGGGAAGCGCCGGAUUUCGAGUCGUGUUUACUCAAAACUGAGAAGUCGAACUCGUGUGAACUGCCAAGUCCGGUGACGAGUUUACACGACGCGGUAGUGCGAUGUGAUGUGGCCCAAGUAAGGGAAAUUCUCGCUCGCGGGGCGGACCCCGAUGAACCGGACUGGAAUCACAGUGGAAAUCCGCCGAUACUCCUCGCUGCAUCAACUGGAUGCGUGCCUGUUGUUAGGGCGCUGAUCGAAGCCGGGUGCGACGUGGGUGCGCGGACAUUGCGCGGCGAGACGGCACUGCACUUGGCCCUCGGGGGCCGCCACCUGAACGAGGCGCUGGUUGGCGCCCUUCUGGAGGCCGGCUGCGACGCCUCCACGCCGGAGAACCUCCGCCACCGGACGCCUCUCCACCAGAUCGUCCGGCACCUGGCCAACGACCCCUUUCUCGAGGCAGCUCUCCUCCAGAUCUUCACCCGCCUCGUCGAGCAAGGAGACGUCAAUGCUGUCGAUCAUCGGUCUCGGUCGCCUCUCCACCUCCUCGCCGCCUCCAGCUCCCACCAUCUCCAACCGCUCUACAUCCUGCUGAAGAACGGCGCUGACGCCAACAUCCGGAACGACCGAGGAGAGACGGCACUCCACGAGGCGCUUGAGCGGGGGCGGACGCUGGCCUGGCUGGAGCCGCUGAUGGCCGCGACUGACCUCCACCUCCGCUCCAACUACCACGAGUCGGCGCUCCACGUGGCCGCCCGGAAGAAUCGGGCCGACGCCGUGGGCGCCCUCCUGAGGCACGGCGAAGACGUCUGCCACAACGGGCAGGACCUCCGCGGGAACACGGCCCUCCACCUGGCCGCCGGCAAGGGCUACCGCGAGGUCGUCGCCCUCCUCAUCGCCGCCCCCGGCGUCGAGCUCAACGCCCCUAACAAAGAGGGCCUCACCGCUCUCCACGUCGCAGUCGAGAGUGGCUUCAUCCACGUCGUCCAGAUAUUGCUGAAGGCGGAGACCUGCGAUCUCCAGGCAGUGACGAAAAUGAGGCAGACUCCGCUGGACUUGGCUCAACAAGAUUACCGCCGUCGCUCCCAGCCUGAGAUGUCCGUCGUCCUUACCAGAGAAUUGGCCAGGAGACAUUCCAGCGCUCGUUUCUCCUGAUCAGCACAGCUCUUGUCGUGGAUUAGAUUUAAUUGAAUCCAAAGCAUUAAGAACCUCAUUUCCCACCUCCGAUCAAUUUUGAACAACUAAUGUUUUGUCAUAGAAAAACUUUGAAUGAUAUUUUUAGGAUUAAUGGAUUGUAUGAUAUAUGAAGACUUAUCUGUAACAAUAGCGGAUGUGAAAAAUUACCUUUGCGAAACACAGUUAAAAAACUGUUUUGGCAUCGAGAAAAUUUUGAGAAAAUACGUGAGAUGUGAUCUUUGACAUCUGUACAUUAUGCCUGAGCCAAACAUAUUAAAUUUUUGUGUGAACAAAGCAGUUUUUUAAGCGUGUUUCAAAAAGGUAAUUUUUCACAUCCGCUAUUGUUACAGAUAAGUCCUCAUAUUGUAAGAUAUACCGAUCCCCAUAACAUUUUCAACUGUGCUGUGACACUUUAGAGCUAGACUCUGAACGUUCGGUCGAAAUUGAACAGAUACUCAGAAAAUCUGUCAAAUUUUACACGGAGGUAUAAUCCAUAACAAGAGGUACCUGGUAAAACCAGGCCAAGUUACCAAGUUUAUAAUUCAAGAUGAAAUUACAUUUAUAAUUAAUUCGCCAAAAUCAAAUACUUGUGCGUACUGUAGAUAAACCCAGUGAGAUGAACCAUUACAAGAGAAAAGUGAUCGUGUAGCUUAAUGCAUUUAUUAUAUACUUUUCUUUUGUCUGUAGAACUAAAAAUGGAUGUACUUACUUGUAACGCUCGCUCACUCAAAAUUUAGCCAUUUUUUUCUAAUUUUUGGACUUACAGAUUGAGGAUGCUUAAGUCAUAUUGCUGUUCUUUUCUAGAGAAAAGGAACAGGAAUUUUAAACUAGAAUCCAAUCGAUUGAGAGCUAUUACACUGCCAGACUUCUUGCACGAAAUGAGUUCGUGUGUGUACUUAUUAGUGACUCAAAAAUUUAUGUUUACUGCAGAUGAAAAUCGAAUUCUUACUUAUAGUAACUCUUAUUAUAGUUACUCUUAUUCUUAUUAUAGUUACUGUUAGUAAGAUGAACCAUUUCAAGAGAAAAGUGAUCGUGCAUAUAGCUCUUUACCUUUAUUUUAUUUGAACGCUAUUGUAUUGUUGCGCUUACAAUUCAGGCAUGAAAAAACAUUCACUCCUCUUUUUUAGUUUCUUUGGUGUAUUAAAGAUUUUUAGUAUUGCCA